AUGAGUAUUACAGUCCUGGAUAAAAUGAAUGCCAGUAAAUAUGUAAAAAACUGGAUUACCUAUGAUAUGAUAGAACUAUUACACAAAAAAUAUCCUCAUAUCAUAUCACACUUAACUUAUGACAUUCGGCGUGCAACAAAAAAGGAUUUUUAUUUUCCCGACGAAUUAUCCAAGAGUCCCCAUUACCCAAUAGUAGUGACUUCGAGGGUAGGAAAAACAUUAUGUGAGUUAAUAUCGUGUAAUCCACAGACGAAUUCAGGACCCUGCACACAGACAUCAAAACCGCAAAGUUAUCCAGUGGGUGAUGAUGGAAAGAAAGAUGUAUCAUGCCAAGCGUCAUGCUUCAAUUUGUUCCCAAAAAACGAACAAACUGGUCACCAGAUUCAAUUGACUACGACAUAUCACAAAGACCAGUGCAUUCUUAUUGAUGGAUCAAUAAAGGCAUUUAUGGAAUUUCCAAAUACUCGUGCAGCUAAACCGGAAACUCGCAUCACCGAUAUUCCAUGUGGAUUUAAUAGAAGUGAUCAUGAGCAUCCUUACUCAUAUAGCGGCAUCAGAUAUCAUUACAACAAAACAUACUGUGAUUCGUUCUUCGACGAAUUCGAUGAAGAUAAAAAAGUUUGCUACGUUCAUUGGUCUAAAAAGUAUAUCGGGAAUGUUAUACUCGGUGAGUAUAUUAUAAAAGCAUGUCAAGCAUUAGAUCGGUACGUUUGGACUGGCUCAACACUACCGGGAAACAAUAUGAAGUUCAAUGACGUUGAAGCGGACUCCAAAUAUCUCUUAAAAAAUUGGUUAGAGAAUAUUGACAGUGGUUUUGAAACUCCUCAGAAAAAACUCGACAAUCUACCAGCUGAAAUACCGCAAUAUCCUGAUAAUAUCCAACCCGAAAAAUCAUUCAUCAAGGGUAUUUCGCGGGUCAUGGAUAAUUUGCAUAAACCGAAACCAGAAAUAAGUUUGGAUGCAGAUAAACGCCAGCGUUUGGAAGAAAAAGCAAAAACAUACUCAAACAACGGCUCUCGACCUAAAAGAUCAUCUUCCGAUUCAAUUCAGAAUCCUGAAUUUAUCAUGGGUUUCAUAACUCAAUUAACACAUCAAGAAUUUUGGAGAGAUUUGGCUUUAGGUUUAGGAUAUGAUGGAGCUUUGUAUUUAGUUAGAUCGCUAUUAAAAAAACUAGCUGAAAAAUUGACUGAAAAAUUUGCCACUAAACUUAUAGGUAAGAAGAUUUUUAAAAUGGCUUUGGAACAAGGAAUGUCCAGAGUAGCUAAAGCUAUCGUCAUCAAAAUAGCAUCCAAAGCAGCGAUCGCUUUACUUAAAUUAACGGCAUCAGCACUAAAUGUUGUCGGAGUUCUAUUGAAUGUUUUGAUGGCAUUUGAAUUGCUACUAUCUCUCGUAGAUCCAUUGAAAUUAAACAAUAAAUAUCCAGAUGAUUUUCUUGACGAUCACAUGUUUGCGGCUGAACAGAGAAUUCGACAAGAAACUGGUUUGGUGAGGCCAGUGGUAACAUUCGACUUCUUGGCAAAUUAUCUAUUGUCACAAAAGGAAUUCAGUGUUUUUCAAGUAAAUUCUAUUAUAUAUGAAGCUGAGUAUUUUCUUCAUUUACGUGUUAAUUCGCAAGGUUCUGUUAUUGAUCGUGGUGAAAAAAUUGAUCUUGAAAAAAUUGACUUGAAUAUCGAUGAUUAUGAUUUUAUAAAUUUACGAUUGUACUCACAACAAGACUUGUAUAAAUACGAAGUUGAUCAUAUGAAACGUAUAAAAGUUGUUGAUAAGAUUAAGAAAAUCAAUUAUAUCUGCACAGCUGCUUUAAUUAUUAGUUUAGUGUUGCAAUAUUUUCUGCUUGUUAUUUUGAUUAUAAUAACUAUAUGUGUUUUGACUUAUGUGCAGUAUACUGUACUUGGUGUAGAAGACGUUACUGAAUUUGCUAAUUUCUUCCUAUGA